UGGCGUGUUUUGAACGCCGUGGAUUUGAUUAAACGACAAUGUUAUUGUCGAGUCCCGCGUCGUCCCAUUGACCACAGUCAGCACAUUCGGUGCAGUUGUUACAGGGGAUAUUGCAUGUAAACAAGUCCGGUUGCUGUUGGCGACACUAUUUGACCCCUCAUACUUAAUAGUUUUGCAUUGGUGGAUAACAUCAACAUUGUCCAUCGCGUACUGGAGAGGAUCUGUUUGAAAUGAAUGAUCCACAUGUGCGCUGCCCACCAUGGAUCAGUUGAACAAGUUACCCCAACACAUCUGGCCCCAUAAUUCUUUCUACCGUGGAUCCAGCUGUGCAAACCAGGUGGCUAAUCAUGGAUGAACACGUCAUUCACCAGACAGAACACAUGACCACCAUAGAGGCCAGCGCCGUCAGCCAGCAAGUUCAUCAGGUACACGUGGCCACCUAUACCGAAGCUUCCAUGAUGAGUGCCGAGGAAGACUCAACGUCUUCGCCAGAUGACGACCCUUAUGACGACACGGACAUCCUCAACUCUGCCGGCACGGAUGAGAUCACCGCUCACCUGGCGGCCGCAGGGCCAGUCGGCAUGGCAGCUGCUGCUGCCGUGGCAACAGGUAAGAAAAGGAAGAGGCCUCAUAUCUUUGAAUCCAACCCCUCCAUCCGCAAGAGGCAGCAGACUCGUCUGCUGAGGAAACUGCGAGCCACCCUGGAUGAGUACACCACCCGAGUGGGCCAACAGGCCAUAGUGCUGUGCAUCUCUCCCUCCAAACCCAACCCCGUGUUCAAGGUGUUCGGGGCUGCUCCUCUGGAGAAUGUGGUGAGGAAGUACAAGGGCAUGAUGUUGGAGGACCUGGAGAACGCUCUGGCGGAGCACGCCCCCGCCGGUGGAGACCUGGCCUCAGAGUUGCCGCCCCUCACCAUUGACGGCAUACCUGUCUCUGUGGACAAGAUGACCCAGGCCCAGCUGCGAGCGUUCAUCCCCGAGAUGCUCAAGUACUCGACGGGCCGCGGGAAGCCCGGCUGGGGAAAGGAGAGCUGCAAGCCAGUGUGGUGGCCGGAGGACAUCCCCUGGGCCAACGUCCGCAGUGACGUCCGCACAGAGGAGCAGAAGCAGAGGGUGUCUUGGACGCAGGCGCUGCGGACCAUCGUUAAGAACUGCUACAAGCAGCACGGCCGCGAGGAUCUGCUGUACGCUUUCGAAGAUCAGAUCACGACGACCACCACCCAUCACCAUCUGACCACGGCGCAGAGCAUCGCUCACCUCGUGCCCCAACAAACCGUCGUACAGACCAUCAACAACCCCGACGGAACGGUCUCGCUCAUCCAGGUCGGCACGGGACACACGGUCGCCACCCUGGCAGACGCCUCGGAGCUGCCCGGCGUCACGGUGGCUCAGGUCAACUACACCACUGUGACUGACGGAGAGGUGGAACAGAACUGGGCCACCCUCCAGGGGGGUGAGAUGACGAUCCAAACCACUCAGGCCUCAGAGGCCACGCAGGCAGUGGCAUCCCUGGCAGAUGCCGCCGUAGCUGCCAGUCACGAAAUGCAGCCCGGAGCCACAGUCACGAUGGCGCUUAACAGUGAGGCAGCAGCCCAUGCUGUAGCAACGUUGGCAGAGGCCACCCUGCAAGGCGGGGGGCAGAUUGUCCUGGCAGAGACGGCCGCUGCCGUCGGGGCGCUGGCAGGAGUUCAAGAUGCCACAGGUCUGGUCCAGAUCCCCGUCAGCAUGUACCAGACCGUAGUGACCAGCCUCGCCCACGGAAACCGGCCCGUCCAGGUUGCCAUGGCACCCGUCGCCACACGCUUAGAGAACACUGUCACGCUCGACGGCCAGGCGGUGGAAGUCGUGACUCUUGAACAGUGACAAUUAAGGCCCUGGAAGGAGUAGGAGGCACCGAACGGCCGCCAUGGAGAUUUGUCUUUCCUACUGUUUCCAGCACAUCGCGCUGUGUACAAUGUCAAAUAUAUUUUAAAUGUACACCCGCAGGGGAGGGUGGAAUUGAGUUAACAAUGUGUUUACUAUGUAAAGAUGUUGUUUUUUUGUUGGUACAUUUUUCUCCCAAUUAGCGUCUUUUUUCUUUUUUUUUCCUUCUAUUUUUAGCUCUGUGAUGUUGAGUAUUUAGUAUUUAUUUGUAUACAAUGAACCUUUACUUAAAACAAAGAUGAACCAAAAUGCCCGGGAGGAAAGCCAGCACUUCUAUGGAUUUAUCAUCAUCAUCAUCAUCAUUGUCCGUGUGCUUCACUGUUUUGUUUUUAGGAUGCAUCUACAAUUCAGUGCCAUAGUCAGACGUCCCUCCUUUUAUGAUUCCCAUAUUGUUGAUCACUGCUCUAAAAAGGUCACUUGUAUUCCACCUCAACCUAGAAUGCCAGCAUCCGAGCUCAAAGACAUUUCACACGUUAGAUUAUGAAAUACUAUGUUGAAACACCAUCUUUUAUUGCAUCGUGCGCAUUUCCCUUGUGCGGUUUUAGUGUAGUCCGCGCACAUGCCAUGAUUUGUGAAGACUCAGGAUACACCACAAGCUGUUUGUUUUUUUUGUUGUUGUUUUUUACUGCUGGAUUUCUGCGCUGCCAUCCCGAAGCAGCUAUUUUGUCUAUUGGAUCCAUUUAUUUACAGUGCAUCGAAAGGGGCACCCUUUGGUAUGUUUAUUUUUUAAACACACAAACUGGAUGUCACUGAGGACUUGUUGGUCUGCAUCAACUUGUAUAUCAAAAGAACUUCUUUUUCUCAGACAGGGGGCUGCAGCAUGUGUGAUGCUAAUACAAAACAUCUGAUUGCCAAGAAUCACCUUGGUUUAAUGCAGCCAUAACAGUUGGUUAAACUCUCACCACUAUUUAAAAAAAGAAGGUCCAAUAAAACGACUGACUGUUCACCAUUCA